AUCGCUAAUACUCAUAGAGGAGAUGCUUGCCCAAACAUGGCAUUUGAUGAACCCCAACCCAAUAGCACGCAAAAGCUUUUCACCGUUACGUGAAAUUUAAUGACCCACCAGAUCCUCCCCAUUCAUUGAACUUUCAUAAAUCAAUACCUACGCAUUGGCUGUUCUGUUCGGUUCUUUCGCCCACUAGUUUGACGUUUUCCCUCUUUUUCUUAUUCAAUUACAAAACCCCACAUCCCUGCUCUUUCCCCUCGCUUCUCGAUCGCCAAACGCACCCAAUAAGCGCCGUCGUGUCUUGUCUCCGCCUCUUUCCGUUUCCUAUUUUCUGGGUUUUGCUCAGAUAAGUGAUUUUGCUGCUUCUUUCUUGACUGAUUUGCUUGUAAGUGUGAAGGGUUGUUUCUCUUUUCUUCCCCUUUUUAGGGUUUAUUCGCGAAAUAUUAUGUUCUGUUUGGCUGAUUCCUGUGUGUUCUUUUGCUUUUUGUGCAAAUGGGUUUUGUUUGAAUGAUAUUUCCAGUAGUCUACUGUGGAAAAUUUGAUCUGGGUAUGCUUGAUUUUCCCGUUCUGUAAUGUUAUGGAUGAUUAUUUGAUGAUUUAGUAGCUUUAGAAUCAUGUGAAAGAUAGGAUAUCGUGUGGGAUGUUCUUUUGAUAUAUUAUAUGGAAGGGAGUUUAUCACAAGAAGGGUUGAUUCCAGGAGGGGCCUCUUAUGGAGGUCCUGAUUUGCAAGGCUCGUUUAAGGUUCAUAAUCAGGCACAACAUCAUCAUCUUCAAACUCAUCAGGGUUCUUCAGUAAAUCCUUCCAUUCAGGAGGGUUUUUUACUUCUACAAAAUUGUGACCAUACCAUGUCUUUGGUAGAUUAUAGCAAGGGAGACAGGUGUAAAAACUCACAGAGUGACGAUGAGCCAAGCUUUAACGAGGACGGUAUCGAGGGGAAGAAGGGAUCGAUGUGGCAUCGUGUGAAAUGGACGGAUAAAAUGGUGAAGCUUCUGAUUACGGCGGUGUCUUAUAUCGGAGAUGAUAUUGCUUCUGAUUAUGAAGGAGGUGGAAGAAGGAAAUUUCAAAUUAUACAGAAGAAAGGUAAAUGGAAAUUGAUGUCAAAGGUUAUGGCUGAAAGGGGCUAUCAAGUUUCACCACAGCAGUGUGAGGAUAAAUUUAAUGACCUCAAUAAGAGGUAUAAGAGGCUGAAUGAUAUGAUUGGGAGAGGCACUACGUGCCAAGUUGUUGAGAAUCCUGCACUUCUUGAUGUCAUUGAUUAUUUAACAGACAAAGAGAAGGAUGAUGUGAGAAAAAUUUUAAACUCGAAGCAAUUGUUCUAUGAGGAAAUGUGUUCGUAUCAUAAUUUGAAUCGACUCCAUCUGCCCCAUGAUCCUGCUUUGCAGCGUUCUUUGCAGUUGGCUUGUAGAGUUAGGGAUGAUCAUGAUUAUGAUGAGCCAAGGAGACACCAAAACGAUGAUUUUGAUGAAAACGAACAUGGUGAAACUGAUGAACACGAUGAUUUUGAGGAGAAUUUUGCACCUUAUGGGGACGACACGCUAUCUCUAGGAGGCUCAGUAAAGAGGCUAAGGCGAGGUCAGGACUUCGACGAUGCUCAUGCCUGUGGAAAUUCCUUGAAUUCUCUUGAUUGCAAUAGAGGUUCUCAUGCUUACUCACAAACACAAUUCGCUCAAGGCGAUAUAUAUCAUUUAGAAACCGAAAGUAUGAAAGGUUCUUCGUCGCAAAAGCAGUGGAUGGAGCUUCGUUUACUUCAGUUGGAAGAUCAGAAGCUUCAAACUCGAGUUGAAAUGUUGGAAUUGGAGAAACAGAAGUUCAAAUGGGAGAGAGUUAACAAGAAAAAGGACCGUGAGCUUGAAAAAAUGAGGAUGAUAAACGAGAGGAUGAAGCUUGAAAACGAGCGCGUUGCGCUUGACAUAAAGCAGAAGGAAAUCGGUUCAAGAAUUCAUUAAUUGGCUGCUAUAAUCUGAACUGUUAUGAAUCGUUAAGCUGCUGCUGUUUAUACAUGUCUGGUUAUGCUAGAGUAAUGAGGUAGAGUUGUAUUUGGGUUCUUUUACAUUGCCUGCAUCUAGCAUGUAUAGUUAGAAAGGUUUCAUACAAAUGACUGCGUUUCAUUGUUUUGUCUCUACUUAUAUGGAAUCUAUUGUGGUUUAGGAACUUGAUAAAAUGGUUGGAUAUCUUGUGUCAAA